UCAAGCACAUCAGUAUGAAAUCAAUCCCAUCAAAUCAUCCUCCGGUUUAUUAUAUCAUAAUCUUGGUAAGGCACAAAUAUCAAACGAAAAAUAUAUAAUUCUUACAUAUCAUAACUUAACUCAUUUCAAAUAUCAAGUCGUACAAAUAUUAGGUUUCUACUCGAACUCUAUUAAUCUAUGUGAUAUCGCAAUGGCAGAGCAUCUUUCUAAUGACUGUAAAAAUCCAUUAAGUUACGUGAAAACCAAAGUUACAAUAAUUGAGGAAAUUUAUAAAAUUAUAUCUCAUCAAAUUAAUAUGCCAAGAAAGAAACGUGGCUUAUUUAACGGCGUCGGAACGGCUAUUAAAUGGUUAACUGGUAACCCGGAUUCAGAAGACGCUCAAUUUUAUUCAGAUACAAUAAAUCAAAUCAUAAAUAACGAAAAACAAACUGAUGUUUUAAUGCAGCAACAAGUAUCAAUUCUUUCAUCUACUAUUUCUAAUUUCAAUAAUUCAUUUUAUAAAAUGAACGAAAACAUAGGAAUCUUGAAUAAGAACUUAAAAGAAUUUAAUCAGUUCUCGAAGGAUCUUAAUAAUAUUCAACAUGCGUAUGGAAUAGAAUCUCAAAUUUCAAAUCAUCUUAUACUGCUCAUUGAAAUGACUGAUGAACUCCUAUUCAAUUUGCAAAAUUACGUGAAUGAUGUUUCACUUAUACAGCAUGGAAUAAUAAGUUAUAGAAUUUUGUCUCCAGAAGCACUUUAUCGAGAACUUCUGAAAAUCUCUACUAAUAUUUCUCUUCCUAUUCCUUUGAGUAUCGAAAACGUUUAUUACUACUAUAAAAUCAUGAAUUUGAAAUCUUUCAUAAAAAACAGCUUACCAACAAUUGCAUUCGAAAUACCUAUUUCUUCCUCACAAGACCUUGAUCUUUAUCAACUAUUCUCUUUACCACUCCCUCAUUCUGAAGAUAAUAGUUUAUUCUCUUAUAUCGAGCCAUCCAAUCCCUUCCUACUGAUUUCACCUAUGAGAACAAAUUAUUUGUUGGCUGAUAAAUUGGAAAAUUGCAUUGAAUACCAUCCGAGAGAGUGGAUUUGCAAUCAGAUGCCAACCAUGAAGAAAAUCGACUCUUCCUGUGAAGUACAACUGCUAAUGAAAAUCGUCAACAAGAUUCCCGACUCCUGCAUGAAAAGAAAUAUCAUAGCCGAUGCUGAAAUCUGGCACAAGACCGACGUUAAUGAAUGGCUGUUCUCCCUAUCCACCCCAACUCGAAUCUCUAUCAUCUGUGGUGAAGAAUCCUUAAAGCAAGAAAUCAUCGAGAAGAUGGGUAUUCUAAAGCUCAACUCACACUGCAAGGCAUUUACUGAUCGUAAAUAGAAACGAGCGCAGUACUAGCUUCCCUAAACUCAAGUUAUGAAAUUCCAUCUUCAAGUAUAAUACAGGACGAUUGCUGCCAGAAAUUGAAGAGAAAUCUCACCGUCCACGCAAUUCAUAUGGUACCAAUAAAAUUAACAAGUGUCAACCUCCACGAACUCAAGUAUGCUCAACACAAGCUAGCAGAAUUCGAUGAACAACUCCAACAACAACUGAAUAGGCCUUUCAUCAUCCAACACUCUUCGUGGGUAACAACAGCCCUAUCAAUUACAUGUGGUACCAUUUUGCUCAUUGUCCUCU